AUGCAGUUGCCACUCAAGUACGGGAUGCUUUAUUUUGACAAUGCAUACCCGCUCAGGAUAGCCUGGUGGGACAUCCGCUACUCGCUGCUUCGACCAGGAUGGAAAUCUCUCGAGCGCAAGGCCAAGAAUGAACUCGUCCCUCCCGAAAAUGGCAUGCCCUUCCACUUCAAAAUCGGAGGAAUCGAACCACGGCUAAAGGACGGCGGAAUGUUUGUCCAUUUUUCAUAUGUCCACCCAUCGUCCUACACAACCAAGGAGGCCCUGAAGGAGAUCGAGAGUCGAUGUGAACAGCACUUGAUGAGCCAUGGUCAUUACAUGUGGUUCAACUUUCAAAAAGUACGAGCCUUCCUUGUUAAGGGCCAACCUUUCCUAGAGGACAUGGCCAGUCGAUACCCCAACAAGAAGGUCAGGAUCGAGUACUCGGGAGAUCUAGGAGUAGAGGGGCUGUAUACUCUCUUCAGGAAGUACGGCAAGAUUGUCGAUAUUUUCCAGGUCCCGCCUGUCAAGGAUAUGCCCAAGCAAGCGAUUGUCCAGUAUUCGUUCAUGCGCGCAGCCACCAGCGCCAAGAACUGUCUUCAUGGAACUGAGGUCAAUGGAAUCCACAUCAAUGUCACAUACGAGAGGACACUGAAGGGCAACGUCAUCUGGACCUGGCUGAGCAACCACCCGAGACUGAGUGUUCCCCUAGGAGGUUUUGCCGUUGCGGGAGUGUCGCUCAUUGUCUUUGACCCUAUUCGAGUCUUCAGCAUGCACGCCAAGAUCAGCAAACUGUUCAACGUCAACGAGUACCCAAUUCUCAAGUGGCUUCGCAAGGAGACUGUCGGGCGAUUGACGCGUACACCCAUCGACUCCCUACAGGCGACUGGGUGGCGCGAGCGUGAGCAAGAUGAAGAAAAGUUGCGUACUUGGCUGCGCAACCCCCCCGAAACAUUUGCGAUUGUUCAAGGACCUCGUGGAGCAGGAAAGACAGACAUGGUCGAAUAUGCGACCAAGGACAAGACGCACAAGAUUGUCAUCCGGUGUGACGAACUAGCAAACGCAAGGAGCGAAGGCGAAGUCUUGUCAAACUUGGCCAAGCAGGUCGGAUACAUCCCUCUGUUCCAGUUCAUGAGCACACUCAACAACAUGAUGGACAUGGCCAUCACAGCGACCACCGGACAGAAGGCUGGGCUAUCGGCUACGUUUGAAGGACAGUUGAAAAAGAUUUUGGAUACGUUGACGAUCGCCAUUCAACAGACAUCGCCUACCAGGAACAUGUCCAACGUCUCACCAGAGGCCAUCAUGAAGAAGAUUGAGCAGACUAUCGAAGAGAAGGCACGGAGAGCUGAGCUUGCCUCGUCAGGUGGCGGUGUCGCAUCAGAAUUGGUCCAGAACCUCGGCUCCAAGAAGGAGCCGUCCAAGGAAGAGAAGUCGAAGAAAGCCAAGGAGGAGAGCAAAUGGUGUGACCCUGAUGAUAUCCCUGUGGUCAUUAUUGAUGGUUACAUGUCGCGAGAGAAGGGUCCUCAUGCCAAGGAGUUCUGGACGUACCUGGCGGAUUGGGCUGCUGUCCUUGUCGAGAACCAUGUUGCUCAUGUCAUCUUUAUCAGCAACAACGUUACCGCCUCCAAGCCUCUCUCCAAAGCGCUUCCUAAUAUGACAUUCGAGACGAUUGUGCUCAUGGAUGCAACGUUGGAAUCUUCAAUGGAGUUUGUCUACAAGCACCUGGACAAGGAGGAGUACGGCAACCUCACCCAUUGUGUCAAGACCAUUGGGGGCCGUCUUACCGAUCUGGAGCUUUUUGUCCAAAAAGUGAAGAGUGGCAUGGGACCCGAAGAUGCGGUAAAUGAUAUUCUGAACAGAUCGGUGGUUGAGGUGCGAAAGAAUGCAUUCGACUUUGAUUCGACCGAAAAGAAGACUCUCGGCUGGACGCCCAUUCAGUUCUGGACCGUCAUGAAGCACCUUGCCGUAUACGACGUCGCCAGCUUUGAUGAGCUCAAGAUCCACCCGCUGUUCAAGAACGACGAGACGCCUUUUAGUGCAAUGGAGCAAGCUGAACUUAUCAGCAUCAACCACAAGAACGGCAAGUCAAAAACUUGUAGAAAACGUGGUAUCAGGACUUGGUUGGGCGGUCGACGCCCAUUCUCGAUUAGACCCGGUAAACCGAUUUAUAAGGCAGCCUUCCAAGAGAUCCUCUCGGAUGAAGGCUUCAAAGCCGUGAUGGAUCUCGAAUCGGCCACAUUCCUCGAUAAAGACGAGAUGACCAAGGUCGUCAAAUGGGAAGGGGAACUCCGAGAGCUCUCGAACUUAUUGCAUCAGGAUGGGUCUUGGUUGUUUGGAGGUGGAAGGGUUCCCAAAGAGGUUGAUACUCGUGUCAAGUGGUUGAUGAAGAAGUUGGCCGAGAGUCAUACCAAGAUUGAGAAAUAUGAACAGGAGAUGGUUCAGGCAAAGAAGGAUGUUGCGUCCUUGAGUGUCAACUAUCAAAGCAGUGAUAAAUAG